UUGAGUUGGCCUGGUCGGUCGAAGGAUCGCAACGCGUCAAGCGACGAACGAGAAACCGAGAAUAAAGUAGAAUAACGUUAACAGAGCUUGGUGUCUGUCGCAUACCGACGACGAGCUUUUAAACUAAACUAAAAAGCUACCUGGUUUUUUGUGCCUUUGGAAAACUUUUUUGCGCGUCUGUUUCUUCGUUGGCGUCAAAGACAUGCUCCUAGUCGGUACGGGGACGGUGAAACUGUAAAGACUUUCCGGCAAAAGCUUGCAGUUCGACGCUUUAUUUGUGAUCGUUGGCAAGAAUGUGCUGGCUUUUAAAAACCCGAGUGACCAAGAAGGAUACGUUGUUGAUACAAUGCGGUGAUGUGACUGAAACUAGUUGAUAACCUGGUUUCUUUGCACUUGGGAUUUUGGAUUUUUGUGGUGAUUGUGUUGCUAAACUUUACUCGCAAUGGAUAAUUUGGCGAUUAAUAAUAUGGGAAUUAACUUGCCCGAGGAGCGAGGCUGGGAAUACAAACAAAUAUGUGUAACGCGAGUGCCAGGAUUUGGAUUCGGAAUUGCUGUGUCUGGAGGGCGAGACAAUCCUCACUUUGCCUCGGGCGAUCCCAGUAUUGCAGUUAGCGACGUUUUAGCUGCUGGUCCAGCUGAGCGAUUAUUACAAGUGAACGACCGCAUCAUUUCAGUGAACGGAAUCUCGCUGCAAAAUGUGGACUACGCCACUGCAGUGCAAGUGUUAAGAGACAGCGGUGAUACCGUAACGCUGGUGAUCAAGAGACGAACUCUUCAGCUCUCUCAUGGACACAGCGCGUCCUACAGCGGGCCUCCGCCUCUUGCUGCUUUGGGAGUCAGCCCGCCGCCUCCCAGUAAAGUCACCAUAACGAAAUCCUCAAAAAAAGAAGAUUUUGGCAUCGUGUUAGGAUGCAAGCUGUUCAUCAAGGAAAUUUCGUCGAAAACCCGAGACCAGCUCCUCAACACCAAUCAGUCGUUAGACGUGGGGAGUUUUGUGACUAAAAUCAACAACGCCAACUGCAACGAUGUGAUGUCUUUGAAAGAGGCGAAGAAGAUCAUCGACAGCUGCAAGGAUAAGUUGCAUAUCACUGUUGCCAGGGACUUUGCUGGACCUCCCACUCCCUUCCAUCAAGCUCAAAGCUCUGUAAGCACUACUGGAGCGGUUAAUAACUUCUAUAAAGGCAACGAUUUUCUAACAUCAUCGAGUCAGAGCUAUUCCAACCAGAACCUAUACGUGCAACCACCCACUCGUAACCCAAACCUCAACCAGAACGGGUCAUCUUUCGACGAAAAGGCCGAUCCCAUGUUAGCUAGUGGCCCCAAUUCUUUAAACGACGAAAAGUCCAAUUUAGCUCCCAGAGGGCGAUCGAGGGGGCCUUUGUCUGAGGCAAAUCUCAACCAACUGGACAACAGAAACAGCAUAGCUGGAUAUGGAAGGUCCAAAGGAGGGAGGGAGGAACCUCCUCGGCCUCCUCCACCUAGAGUAGAAGAUUACUAUAGCUCACGGAGGCAACUGUAUGAAGAGGAUCCGAUAAUACAGAAGGCAAAGCAGCCAAUACCCGAUGCAAGAUUCAUCACGUUCCACAAAGACGGCUCAGUGGGCAUACGAUUGACUGGGGGAAAUCAUGCCGGCAUCUUCGUCACGGCCGUCCAACCUGGAAGCCCUGCUUCACUGCAAGGCCUGCAACCUGGAGAUAAAAUCCUCAAGGUGAACGAUAUGGACAUGACCGGGGUAACGAGAGAAGAGGCCGUCCUUUACUUGCUGAGUUUGCAGGAUAGAAUCGAACUGAUAGUGCAGUUUUGUAAGGAAGAAUAUGACAGCAUAGUGGCGUCCCAAAAGGGCGAUAGCUUCUACAUCAAAACCCACUUCCACUACGACAAUCCGGCCAAAGGAGAAAUGUCCUUCCGAUCCGGAGAUAUUUUCCACGUCAUCGACACUUUGUACAAUGGGGUGGUUGGAUGCUGGCAGGUCUUCAGGAUAGGUCGAAACAACCAGGAAGUGCAAAAGGGCAUAAUUCCUAAUAAGGCCCGAGCGGAAGAGCUGGCGACCGCCCAAUUUAAUGCAACGAAAAAGGAGAUGUCCGCUAAUGAAUCAAGGGGUAGCUUCUUCAAGCGCAGGCGAAGCUCUAAUAGGCGGUCGAAAAGCCUGGGCAAGGAACAUUGGGACGAUAUCCUAUUUUCCGACACCAUAUCAAAGUUCCCAGCAUACGAAAGGGUUUUGCUGAAACAUCCAGGCUUCACUAGACCGGUUAUUCUCUUCGGACCCAUUGCGGACAUUGCGCGCGAAAAACUGCUCAAGGAUUUUCCGGACAAGUUUAUAUCGCCACAAUUAGAUGCAACCGUCGAAGAAACCUCCAAAUCCCAAAAGACAGCUUCCAAUAUUAUACGACUGUCGGCCAUUCGCGAUGUUAUUUCCACUGGAAAACACGCUCUACUCGACAUAACACCAAAUGCAGUGGAACGCCUGAAUUACGCUCAAAUGUAUCCGAUUGUGGUGUUCUUCAAAUCGGAGACGAAAAUGGUUAUUAAGCAACUGCGGCAAGGACUACCAAAGACGGCUCACAAGAGCUCGAAGAAGCUGCUGGAACAGUGCCAGAAGCUGGACAAAGUCUGGGGUCACAUAUUUAACUCCACCAUCACGUUGACGGAUAAUACAGACACUUGGUAUAGAAAAGUGAGGGAGGUGAUCGAUAAACAGCAGAGUGGCGCCUUGUGGAUGUCCGAGAGCAAGGCUUCUGGCUUCUUUUCCGACAUAUACUUUCCUGCGAUUUUUCUCCAGCCCAAAUCCACUAAUUCCCUACCGGGACGCAACCGACAGUCUCGUCCUCGAACCCGGAAAACUCCAUUGUCAAUGUACAGUUCCCCUCAGUUCAUUCAUCGAACAUCCCCAUUUUUAAACCCCUACGUUCCCGGAUCCGAUCACUCGCCUAGUAUGUGUCGUGAAUGUUCAUUCUACCGGGAAGAUUCUUGGAACAUUCCCAGCGAUUGCGCCCCUACUGUUUCUAGGGAAUGUUCAGUUUAUAUUCCAGACCGUGCGUCUGAAGAAUCCACCAGAUUCGAUACUUUUACUCCGGAUGCAUCCAAUCGCAAUACAUUGACGUAUGAAACUGAGCAAAAUAAUAAUUAUCCCGAAGAAUCGCUUUCCGACGAUUUCCUCUUCCCCAUGUCAUCUCUUCGGCUUUCAUACGCUAGUUCGCCCGAAAGCGACCUGGAGCACAGUCCGGGACCACCAACCUCUCCUCCGGGAAGUGGUCCGGGACCGACUCCUGGACGACUUACCAAAGCCAGUUCGGAUCCGAGCGUUGUGAUGCCGCUGGAAAGCACUGCCAGCGACGCGUUGCCCCCUUACCAGCCCACUUACGAUACGCGGUAUGGGUUUAGCAAUGGGAGCAAUCAACAGGUGUCUUCGGAAGUGCCGCCAGAGUCGCCGCUUACCAAGGAUCCGUCUUACACGCUUUCAGACCCCGAUAUUCCCUCGUCGCUAAACGCCCCAGAAUUUGGCAAAUCGGACAUCUAUGCGGCAAACAUUUACAAGUCCAGCGAGUAUAAGGCAGGAGAGUUUUCCAGUCCUGAUCGAAGCCGGGAUUACGGCAGCCCGGAUAGGAGGGAGUUUAACGGAGAUAGACUGCAGCACAAAAGGCAACCCAGUGGUAUGCAUGCUCCAUACAAUCACUCCAAGGCCCAUAGCUUGAAUGCGGAGCAGUCCGUUCCAAACUCGCCCACGACUAAGGAGGGCAUUUACGGGCAAGCGCCUGACUUACCACCACGAGUAGACAGAGCAGCUAAACCUAUGGGGCUUCUUACCACUCCAAGUAAAAUACCAAAUGGGCGAAGUGCCCAUGAAAGGUUAUUUGGAACGAAGCCGGCUGGAACAGAAGGAGCCGAAAACGGAGGGUUUAGUGACAACAAAGCUGGCUCACUGGAGCGCCAAAAUUCGAAAUCGGACUCCCUUUCAAGUUAUGAUUCGUACAACAAGCAACCGCCCACCACACCUAGAAUAGGGCCAAACCUGCAUGACGAUCUCAAAACUACCCUGUCGAAAAUCGACCCUUCGCAUCAAAGCAGUCCGUCCAGAGCGCCUAGAUGGACGGACCAACAAAAUCAUCAUCGACUAGGGGGGUCCAAAAUGGACUUAAAGUACGGACUGCCACCCGGGGACCCGAUAAACGACAACAGUCCCAGACAUUCCAGAGAAGUGAUUGGGGGAUCUAGGGAGGAGAAUGGGGGGCCGAGCGAAGGCGUCAGCCCUCGAGGUUCAGUGGAGAGGGACAUGUACCGAUAUUCCAGAUCGCCCGCCAAACAAAAUAUUCCGAGUAAAACUCAUGUAGAGACAAAGACUGACUACGGCAAAUACAGUCGGAAUAAUAACGCAAAUAUGCCUCCUUCACAUCAAGCCCCGCCUGAAUACACGCGCGCCUCCCAUCAAGACCUGCGUGAUUCGCAAGUGGGAAUUCAUCAACACUCCCCACUGAGAAGUCCGCCAUCUAACAUGAAUGGAUACGAUGUGGGUCCAUCCAGCCAUAAUGCGAACGCCAUGAACGGAAACCAAUACAAGCCCAUUCCGCCCCCCAAGCCGAAAAACUAUCGACCUCCUCACAACCAGAACUAUGGGCGGGGCGAUGCGAUGAUGCAAGCGGGGCCCGUGUACCAACAUGGCAAAAGCCACAGUAAUCCUGUUGAUCCUCGCAGCAACCAAAACCCUCACAACUACUACUACAACUCGCCGCCUCCUCACUCCCAAGCAAUGUCCCAGCAUGCUUCUCCCUACUAUCCGGAUCGACAGCAUUCAAUGGGCGGGCACUACGACAUGGCGCCGCCCUACCACGAAUCGCCUCGUCGCCAUCCCAGCAUUUCUUACGCAAGUCGCAGCGAGAUUCAACCAAUCGCGAACCAGGACUAUGGCCCUCCCAUGGGCGACCAUCACAUGGAACCUUCGGCAAUGAUGGGCGACCAUCGGCCGCCCCCCGUUGUCGAUUUGCAAGGUUCGCGGGAGCAACGUGGCUCUGCCUUUGAGCUUUACAGAAAACCCGUAGGGCAUAAUUUAAGGGGCGUAGAAGAGCGGCAACCGGCUUUUUAUGGAUCGCAGCCUAACAUAGUGCAAAAACUAAACUCAUCGUCGGCUACUAACUCGCCAAAAAUCAAGCCUAAACUAACUAAAGCGCAAUCGUUUAAACAUGCGAAAAAUGAUGGUGGCAGCGCUUUUAGUACGCCACGACUGUUCAGAAAGUGGUCGUUUGGACGGAAGCACAAAGACGGAACGCCGAAAAUGUCCAAGAAGUUAACAUUGCAACCGGACAGCAUCACUGAGAACCAGGUGAUCAAGGAUUUUAACAAGAACGCGCAGGAUUUUUCAAGGCCCACUAAGCGUGAUAUCACAUCUGGCUAUGUGGAUCACAGGGGCGGGACCCUGGUGAAUCACUACUGGGGCGUCUCUCUUGAAGUGCCCGAAGGCGCAAUUAGCCAUGGGGAAGAGAAACAAAUUUACUUUGUUAUUUCCGAUCCGAGAUUGUGCGAUAACGGUCCACCAUUGGACCUGGAGAAUGGUGAAACAAUGCUGUCGCCGUUAGUAAUGUGUGGACCACAAGGUACCGAAUUUCUAAAGCCUGUGAUUUUGAAUAUUCCACACUACGCUAACACUUUGCCCAGCUUGGGCAUCACGCUAAAAGCGACCGACUCCGAACAAGAUAUUCGCACUGAUUGGGACAAUAUUUUAUUGCCCAGCAAUCAUGCUGCAAACAGUGUUGCUGUUAAAGUCGAUCAUUUUUAGGUGUUUUUUAGUUUAGUCGGUUUACCCAAGUAAGAUUUUUUGCUCAAAUUCGUUGGCAAUUCGAAGUAUACAUACAUGUAGGAUAAAUUCAAUUUUUCUUAGGUAUCGCCUUGUAAAUACGACAACGAAUGAGGCUUAAGCAAUACGUUGUAAUCUCGUUUGUGAUCUAGCAAAUCAAAUGGAUGCAUACUUUUUAAGUCCAGUUACUUAACAUUUUAUUGUUGACUAUUAGAUGAUAAUGUUAUACAAAACAAGGAAUAUUUAGGACGUUUUAGGGCGACAUCAGUUUAGGUCUGUAGUGAGCGUUUCAAUAUGUGUUUUACAUAAGUAGAGUUGAAAUGUUCCAAUCGACAGUGCGGGUUUUAUUUUUCUGGUGCUAUUCUUUGAGGCUCAGCGAAAUUCAAUUAAAAUUAUAUAAUAAAUUAAAAUAUUCCUAUUGACUCAACUCUACACAGACAUUAAAACCCCAUUGUAUAAAUUAAUGCGUUUUAUUGGUUUGACACAUAAAGUUCAGAAAUAUAUAUUUACGUAAUAA